AUGCAGGCGGGGAGUCUGGUAGCCCUGCGGAAGGUGAAGGUGUACGGGAGCAGGGAGUCGCUGUUCAUUAUCGGGUUGAACAAAAAGCAGGAGGCGUACGAAAUAACAGAAGUGGCGCGAAGCAGAGAGAUUCAUGUGAAGCGCAACUUCCAACUACACACAAAGUCCUCUUACCGCAACUUCGUGGGGAAAAAUGGGUUAGAGUAUGUAUGCAAGUGUGAAGGGUUACUGGGAUGCAUCCGGUUCCUAAGUUACCCUUACCUGUACGUAAUAACGAAGAAGGAGAAAGUAGCUGUCCUAUUCAAUGAGCACAAAGUGUAUGUCGUUAAGUCGGUCCUGUUGAUUCCGUUCCGGGAUGAUGUAUUUGAAAACUUCAAUGAUGAAAAUGAAUUGGUGCAAAUCUUCUACAACAGUGUUAAUCACAAAUACAUAUAUUUCUCCUACACAUAUAACUUACCCUGCUGUGUACAAGAGAAUUAUUACCUACAAAAAGAAUUCCUCAGAGGAGUGAACAUCCAUUGUAAGGACUACAAAAAUGAGUACCUGUGGAAUCGUUACCAUAGUAAGUCAUUUAUGCGGCAAAAUGUAUUCAUAUGUGUACCAGCGAUAAGUGGGUUCUUUGUUCAGUCUAAAUUUUGUUGCGAGGGGAAAGUGAUAGAUGUGACUUUUAUCGCCAGGAGGUGUCACAAGUACGCUGGGACGAGGUACCGAAAGAGAGGUAUAAAUGCAAAGGGUUACUCAGCUAACCAAGUGGAAACAGAACUCAUUUUAUUUCAACGAGAUUAUGAAACUGCUAUUCUUUCUUAUGUACAACUGAGAGGAUCUGUUCCUGUGUUCUGGAGUCAGGGUAUUAAUUAUCAUUUGCUGAAGAGACCCAAAAUUAAAUGCAUAAAAAAUGACGUCCUUUUUACCUGCACGAAAAAACACUUCAAUCAUCUGUUCGCACGAUAUGGGUACCCUAUUAUCGCUAUUAACCUGUUGAGCAAAAAUAAACACAGUGAUGAAAAUAAUUUAUCUAAUGAGUACGAAGCUUGUAUUGGUGUGAUCAACAAGGACAUGCCUCCUCCGAUUAGAAUCAUUUACAAACACCUCGACUUGAGGAAGGCAUACAAAAUUGGAACAAAAUACACUCUACAAAAAUUGAAAAUUAUUUUUAAUUUUUCGCAACGCAAUGUGGGAUACUUCUACCUCCGCAAUGGGCAGGUGGUCCUCUUCCAACGAGGUAUCCUGCGAUUCAAUUGUGUGGACUGUCUUGAUCGGACGAACGCUGCUCAAUUAUUCCUGAAGAUGUACAUGCUGGUACAUUUUUUGGAGUUGAUUACUCGCGUGAAGAAGAAGGUUCUAUGUGUUAACCACGUGGGAUAUUUAUCGCAGAUGUAUGAAGAGCUGGGGGACGCCAUAGCGAAUCAGUAUGCGGGUUCUACAGCACACAAGAAGUAUACACCUGGGCAGAGUAACAAUUUUUUUGUUCAAUCUAAGGAGCUACUGACUUCCAUUAAGCGGUACUACAUUAGCUCCUUCAACGACCUGGAGAAGCAAAAGUCCAUUAAUCUGUUUUUGGGGGUGGCAGACGACAAGCUGCAGGACAUGCGGCACGCGCACGACCUCGACACGUACGUGCACGGGCGCACGUUCUUCCGACCCUCGGGCUCUGGGCGCGACGCCCCCUUCUGGUGGGUCCUCCCGUUGGAGCGCUUUUGCGCCAAGGCGGAGUCGCUGCUGGGUGGGAGCCUCCGCAGGGGGCCGGCUAAGGGGCGGUCUGGCAAGCGAUCUGACAAGCGGUCCAAGCGUAGAACUGCUAGACGAACUGCUACGAAGCAUGCCCAAGGGAGGGGAAACAAGGUCGUGCCCAACAUGCUGCGCAACCUGAAGUUCUACCGCUGCUUCAGCGACACAAAUGUGUUUAAAAAUUUGUAUAACGUGCACAACUGGGAGGGGCGGUUCGCGCAGGUGGUGGAGGUAGCAGUGCGAGGAUCGUCUGAAGUGGGGACAAAUGCACAAGUGACAUGUGCGUCUUCCACUGCAGCGGCGUUGUUGUUGAAGAGUUGCGGUGGAGCAAGUUAUGUGGGCAGGCGGUCCAUCAAAUCUGAGGCAGACGUGCUGUCCCCAUUCGAGAAGUCCCUAAACCUAAUAGCUCACAUACACAAAUUAUACGACACAUACAAACACGAUUUCUGCUUCUACUUUAAAAAUAAGAAUAUAUUUAGGUACCGCGUGUGGAGAAUAAUAGCUACUUAUAAUUAUCUCACUUACUUAAGGACCUUUUUUGAUGUGUUUUUUCUUUUGUACUAUUGUUUUUGUAAGAGGUACAGCGUGCGCAUGGUAUAUAUGAGUCAUGUGAACUUCGUGUGUGCGUCACUGGGGGGGGAGAAGCGCGCAGAGGAGAGGGCGAAUAAUACCGUGGGUCAGUGCAACCAACGAGUGUAUAGGGGUUCCCCUCCCCUGGUUAAUUUUUACACAUUCGAGAAAGACGUGCAGGAGAUCAUUCACCAGUAUGGUAGUUACAAGAAGGUAUCCUUUGCCUUGGAGCCCUACUUGCAUUAUACCAGCUUGAACAGCGCGCCUUAUCACUACAUGUUGAUGAGUGGGCGUUCCCUUAUUGGGAGCAGAGGGGACAAGAAGAAACGUCCUUCCUUCAGAACAAGACACAUAUGUAAAAAAGGAUCAGUGACGAACAUUUUCAAACGUUCUUGUGGUAGCCAUGUGAAUGAUUCUGUUGUAGUACACGAGGAGGGCAAGACACGCUGCAAAUUCAUGCUCAAGACAAAGAUAUUUGAGCAAAUGAGGAACGGGGUGGUUAAGGGGCAGGGCUCCUGUGCCUAUUACUCGAGAGCGUAUGAGAGGGCCAAAAGGAGGUGCAGCGAGGGGCCUGCAACGGGGCGGAUGCAAACGACGGAGCAGACGCAACAGUUGGAGCAGCUGGAACAGCUGGAACACCAGAUCAAAAAGACGCCGCGGGGGUACUGCCCAAUAUAUUUCAAUGCCAACAUGGUUAAGUUUUUUUUUUUUAUAUAUAGUAGUUGUCGUGGGGGAGAUGCCACGGGGGAGAACGCGGGGAGGUCUGCUUCGAUGUCGGUCGUGAAGGAGGUCGUCAUGGAUGCGUUGCGGGUGGCGAUGGGGCUGCCUGCAUCGCUUGGGGUAAUGCAGACGAGCGUGCCCGCGCAGAACAUGCAGCUGCUGCUCAGGCAAGCGACCCGGGCGCGCUCCCUCCAACACUUCCUCUCCGACCUGUACAUGCACUACGUGUACAAAAACGACCAGUACAAGGAACUCCACGUAGAAAGCCUCCACAACCCCAACGCGCCAAGCUGCAGUGACGAAAAGAGCAAAGUGAAAAAGUCCGAACAAAGGUUCCUGCUAGACGAGUAUGAUACAUUUGAACAUAAUUUAAAAAAAAAAAAAAAAAAAAUUUGGCAGGUCGAUCGGAAAAUAAAAAAUGAAGUCGGCAAGCAUCAUGCACAUUUGUGCCAGGAGUACCUCUCCUUUAAGCAUUUCACAAAAACUUAUUUCAACGACAUGAUAGAUUUGAGGAGACGAGACAGGGAGGUAAACAAAUUCUUUCUUCACCAGAUUGAGUUGGGCAAUACUCUAACGUCCAAUCAGACUUACCAAUGCUUUGUGGAAAAUUCCUCCUACUUCAAAAAGCUCGAGGGCAAGAAGAACCAUUUCACGACUACAUGGACCUCCGCGCAAAUGGCACCCAACGUCAACGUUUUGCGUCAUCGACUCGAGGGUCAGGUGGACUAUCGGCAGUACUGCAACCCGAUGGAACGUGAAAUUUUCCGCCCUUAG